AUGAAUGCAUUCAGUUUCGCUACUUGUCUUGCCUGGCCAACAAAUCUCUCAUGGUGGGCGCUUAUCAUCGCUCUCCUCAUUUCGUUCGUGUGGACCAUUCCCAUCGGAAUCGUCUAUGCGACAAUCAAUAUUCAUCUCGGAUUGAAUGUGUUCACGGAAUAUAUCAUUGGAUAUAUGCAACCCGGCCGGCCGCUCGCCAUGAUGUUGUUCAAAACUUAUGGCUACAUCACCAUCGCCAGCCAUGAACCAGGCCCAUUUCUUCCUGCAAGACCUGAAGCUUGGCCUCUAUCUCAAGUAGUUGGUACGCUCUGGAGCUGCGUUGUCCAGCUCGGAACCAUGGAAUGGGCCCUUGACCACAUAAAAGGGAUCUGCAAGUCCGGCCAAGCAAACAACUUCACCUGUCCCGGCCUCGCGUCUUCUUCAACGCCUCAUCUGCAAUAUUUCUGGCUCGCCGGCGCUCUAGUGCCCAUCAUCAUCUACCUUAUCGCCGGCACUUUUCCGCGCUCCAAAGCCCGCUUCGUCAGCGCGCCCAUCUUCUUCAGCGGUAUGGGCCAGCUCCUUCCCGCAAUACCACUCUCCUAUCUUUCCUGGUCCCUCGUAGAAUUUGCAUUCCAGAAAUUCAUCCGGAAUCGGUAUAGGGGCUACGCACCUGCCGGAACGUUGGAUUAUUUGCAGAUUGCAGUGCAGAAGAAGGUGACGAGGGGGCAAACUUUUGGGCCGAAGGUGUGGUGA